AUGCGCAACGUGACUUACAAACUGCUGCCUAGGAGAACGCGUAGCUGUGCGUAUUGCGCAUGUGCUGCGUGGACUCUGGGCCGGGUGUGUCGAUCCCGCCGUCUAUUGGUUCUGGUUUCCGGUCAGUAUGUCGGACGCCUCGGUGGCGGAUACCCGCCGUCUAAACUCCAAACCUCAGGAUCUAACAGACGCCUACGGUCCGCCCAGCAACUUCCUGGAGAUUGACAUCUUCAACCCACAGACUGUGGGAGUGGGAAGAAACCGGUAUACGGUGUACGAGGUCCGCAUGAGGACAAAUCUCCCCAUCUUCAAACUGAAGGACUCCACUGUUAGAAGGCGGUACAGCGACUUUGAGUGGUUGAAAAAUGAACUGGAGAGAGAUAGUAAGAUUGUGGUACCUCCAUUGCCGGGAAAAGCACUGAAAAGGCAGCUUCCUUUUCGAGGAGAUGAGGGCAUUUUUGAAGAGUCCUUUAUUGAAGAGCGACGGCAAGGACUGGAGCAAUUUAUUAAUAAGAUCGCUGGACAUCCCCUUGCUCAGAAUGAGCGUUGUCUGCAUAUGUUCUUGCAGGACGAAACAAUUGAUAGAAAUUAUGUACCAGGCAAAGUACGCCAGUGAAAAUUCUUGGCACAACCAUGUCCUUCUUGCCCCUCACGCACCAUUGCCUGCUAAAUUACAUUUAUUUUUACACUAAGUCUCCAAUUGCUCCCUCUCUUCAAGACCCUGUUCUGUGCUUCAUGAAGAUAUCAUGUGUUUUUACCUGUUUAUAUCGCUGUCAUCUUCUUUGAAUCCUAAACACACUAGAAUUAUUCAAGUCUGUUUCCAACUUCUCCCUUGCCCGGAGUUAGGGAGAUCUUCUACCUGACCAUCAAUCUCCUAAAUGUUAGCUCUGAAACAUACAAGCUAUGCUGAUAGGCCAUUUUCCUUCCAAGCAUUAUUCUCUCAGCUGAAUGUCCGGAGGAGCUGCCAUCAAAACUAUUUCUGUUAUGAGUAAAUCAUAAAUGCCCUGGAGUACUAAUUCAAGUGGGAAGCCUCUCUUCCCUUUUACUAGCCCAUGACUGGCAGAUAUUUUAUUACAGUCUGUAACUUGUGUCCCAGGUCUUGGAGUGAUCAAGCAAGUGUGCACACUCCCUGCCCUCCCUGAUCACCACAAGUGUGCUGUUUAUUUAAUGCUCAAAGUACAGACAUCAGAUAAAGUAUAGGUGUCUAACUGCUGCAUAGCACAGCAAAAUGUGUAUUGUCUGAUAUGCAAGUGGUUAUAACAGAUCACACCCACUCCAGCUGAAUCCAGUACAUUUUCAGGAAUUGACUAUUAUAUGCUAAGUGAAGAAUGUAUCAUUACAUUGAAGAUCUAAUGAAAAAGAUCUGGAUCUCUUGGAGAAGACAUGUCCGUUUUCUGGGAACCCCCACAAGCCAGUGACAAGUUAUUGAGCUACAGCAUUGCGUUAUGACCGUUUCACACAUUAUCAUACAUUACCGGUAUCCUACAAAGUUGUAAUUGUGAAGUACGGGACUGUCUGCUUACUUGUCAGAUCUGGAUGCGCAUAGAUUGAAGAUGGCCAUCGUCAAACAAGCUUUCAUUGAAUUGUCAUGUAUGAGGGGAAAGCCCUUGUGCCAGGUGUAGGGGAGAGGAAGCAUAUUUAUUAAUGAUCAGCUUUGGAGUUGGGGGGGUCAUGGUGGUUUAUAGUUAAUUGUUGAACUAGAGGUGUCAUAGCAAACACUGUGACCUCCUGCAUGUGCUGACCAGUUAUAACCUACUCAGACCUGGGAUUAUAAGCAAUUUUUGCUGCCUGUGUCCUUGUGCUGGAUACCAUGUCUGUGUAUAUAAAUAUCUAUAUCUGA